CAGGGUUCCCUCGCAAAUCUGGUACACAGUGCUCUUCCUUCCUAGGACCCGGCCCAGAGGGAAGAGAGGGGGCAGGCAGAGCCCAUGCCCCAGAGGCCCCAUCCACCAUCACCCAGAAGCCCACAAGAGGAACAGCUUGCUCAGGGAGCUCCAGGGCCUUCAGCCCUCCCCUCCCAGGGCCUGCCGGAACCCCAGGAUUCCCCAGAGGCACAGGGCUGGAGCCUGAGUCCGGAGAGAGCAGAACUUCAGAAAGUGCUAAGGACUGAGAUUCCUCAGGGUCAGAGAGGGGAGGCCCUCCAGGGGGAGGACGAAGAAGUUCCUCAGAGGAAGAGAGAGAAGACACACCAGGAUCAGAGCCGGGAGGCCACUCCGGCCCCGAGGGAAGAGGUCCCUGAAGGUCCAAGGACAGAGGCGCCUCAAGGUCAAAGCGGAAGUCGCGCUAAGUGCCGGAGAAAGGACGCCCUCCAGGAGGCCCGGGAGGAUUCUCCCAAGGGCCUUCCGUCUUCCGAGGGCCGAGGCCGUGUCCCCCAAGCCUGGGAGGUGGCUGGGGGAGAAGGGGAGGAAGGCGGCUCCCUGAGAAUUGGGGGGCACUUCUGCAGGUCUCUGGGAGAACAGAUGCCCCGGCCCGGGGGAAAGACCGCUCAGCUGAUGCCGGUUAAGACCGAUGACCAGAAAGCAGAGACGACACCGGCCGCGGGAGAGCAGAGGCCCGCCGGGGAGGGAGCGCGAGCUCGCCUUCCGCCCGCGACCAGGUCUCCGCUCGCAGGCGCGGGAGCCGGGAUGCUGGCGGCCCUACGCACUAGGGGCUCCGGCCAGUCGGAGCGCCUAGAAGCGCUCCCGGGGCACCUGGCCCUGGUGCGCGAUCUGCACGCGCUCCAGGGCCCGGGAAGAAGCCCCAACCCCGCGAAGCAGGAAGUGGGCGGCUCCACAGGGCUCCCAGGCGCCCUCGGAGAGCGGAGGGGCGGCUCUGAGGCCCCCAAGGCCUCGAAGGCCGCGUGGCCCGAGGCCCCGGGCAGGCACAGGGCGUCCGCGGCCGUGAGCGCUGCGCAGCAGGAGACGGCUCUGCAGCAGCUGCUGGAGUUGCACCGGGAGGCCCGGCGCCGGCGGCGGCAGGAUCGCGAGCAGCAGCGGCUCCGGGUCCUGGAACGCCUCCGCCUCGCCAGGAACCGCCACUGCCGGGUGCACCCCCUGGGACCCCCAACGAGUCCAGCCCAGCUCCCGCCACAGGCAAGAGGCCCAGGAGAAGGCGGUGGGGCCACGCCGACCCUGUCCGGCGGCGGGCGGCGGAGCUGGGCGCAACCCGGGUGCCUCUGAAGUGCGUGCCCCGCGCGCUUGGGAUGACACCUGCGGAGAGCGGGAGGCGGCUCUGCCGGGUGCUGCCCCCUGCUGGCCGCAGCGAGCCCGGGGGCUGGGAGGCGGGGGGCUCAGCGCUUGGCGCCCCCCCCCCCCCAGGAGGACGCGGCGGGGCGGCGGCGGGCCCUGCGGGAGCAGCUGGAGCAAAUGCACCGGGAGAGAACCGGGCGGCUGCGAGCCCUCGGAGCCAGGGCCCUGGGGAAAGUGGGGACCCUUUUUAAGGCAAAACUUCAACUGCGUUUAUCCCCAACCAUCCACGUCUUCCGCACAGGCCCUCCAGGAGCUGGAGAAAAUGCAGGACUGAGUAGUCUCACCUGAGAUUCCUGACCACAGACAGCCAAGGCACACUCUGCCUCACCCAGCAAUCUCACCGGCACUCCCUGGAAUAUUCUUUUUUCCCACACCUUGACUUUCUCUUCAAACACCACCAUUGCCUCCACGCCCCUCCCUCCCAGCUGAUCAAUGUCACUGGUCCAGCUGGACAGCCUUCGUGCCAAUGCCACCUCCCUACUCCUCACUGUGUGCCCUGCCUUCUCCUAUUUAAUCCAGCCUCCAGGGCUCCCUGGGUGAGCUCACCCAGUCUCAGGGUUUUAAAGAGCGCUUGUAUCCAGACGACCCCCAAAUGUACAUCUUCCGCUCAGACCUCACUCCAGAGGGCAACCCCCAUGCACAUCGGACUCGGCCAGCCCUGACCUGACUUCACACUACCCCGCCCCCAGUCCUGCUCCCUUCCCAGUCACCCCUGGGAGACCAAGCCAAACCCGUGGGCAAAGCCACUGCACUCUCAUUCCUUUUCCUAUUCAACCGAUCAAUAAAUUUCAUUGAUUCUUCCUCCAAAACAUAGCUGGAAUCUAUUUCAGGUCUACUGCUCAUCACCCUAGCCCAAGCCGUCAUCAUCUCUUGCCAGGGUAACACCUGUCCCUGAAAAGGCCAUUAACUACAGAGUAGUCAGGGUGAU